AUGAGGAAUCCGAAAUACGACGAACGUCGAUUCGAAGAGAAUUACAACAGAAGGCAAAGAGAAGAUGCAUAUCAUUCAAGAGAAGAUCCAAGAAGUUAUAACCGUUACAAUCAAUACGAUGAAAAGGCACCUAAGCGACGCGAAAUGGCCGACGGCAGAGAUUAUCGAGAAAGACGCGGUCCCCCUGAUGUCGAGCGUUACCGUGACAGAGAAUAUACAGAAAAAAAGGAGAGAUAUCGUGAAGACAGAUAUUCAGUUGAAAGGAACCGUGACUUCCGACGAGAACAUCCUGCCAGAAUCGAGAAACCACCAUUGCCACCACCCAGAGACUAUUCCAAGUCCAAGAGUCCAGUAGAUCGCUACAGGGAAAAGAGUAGAAGAUUGGAGAAUAGAGAAGAGCGUGAUGAUCGCGGAAGGCCACCGAGGGAGACAAAAGACAGGGUGGAAAGGAGAGAGCGGAGUGGAGAGGAGAGGCGCGAGAGAGUGCGUAGAAGUGAGGAGCGUCCACGUGGGCCGAAUAACGAUUCUCGUCCUAGAGAGCGGAAGAGCAGGUUUGCUGAUAUUGAUGACAAGAAGGAAUAUGAUUGGGGAAAAGCGGAAGUAAAGAAAGAAGGGAACAAAACUGAAGUUGAGAAGGAAAAACCAAAUUUCGGGCUCUCUGGCAAGCUGACUGCGGAUACUAAUACAGUGAACGGUGUAGUUAUUAAGUACUCUGAGCCGGAUGAUGCAAAACAACCAAAACGAAGAUGGAGGUUCUAUCCGUUUAAGGGCGACAAAGCGUUACCCAUUUUGUACAUUCAUCGACAAUCCUGUUUCCUGAUCGGUCGAGACAAGAAAGUGGUGGAUAUCCCGCUGGAUCAUCCUUCCAUAAGCAAGCAACAUGCAGCACUUCAGUACAGAGCCACGCCGUUCACCAGGCCCGACGGUUCUCAGGGCAGACGCGUUAGACCAUAUAUUAUCGAUCUUGAUUCUGCAAAUGGAACCUUCGUGAAUAACAAGAAAAUAGAGCCCCGCCGCUAUGUAGAAUUACUCGAACGUGAUGUCGUUAAAUUUGGUUUCUCGCUGCGGGAGUAUGUGCUUCUGCAUGAGAACAGUAAAGAUGACGCACAGGAUGACGAUAACCAGGAACCGCCUGCUUUGGGUGCUGCCGUUACCACCGCUGAUCAGAUUAAACAAGAGAAACGCAUUAAAGAGGAAAUGGUAGCAGAUGGUGAAUGA